AUGUACCAGAAGGAACAGGUAGGGGGCACUGUUGUACAGUACCACCAGCUGAUGUACCAGAAGGAACAGGAGCUGAAGCACUGCAGUGCUGGUGCAGGAGAGCCCCCUAGUGACUCCCUGGUGGAAGUGCAGUGUCAGCUGGCUGACAGAUACGGGGAGCUCAUCCUGGAGAUCACAGCUCUGCGUGCCAAGGUCGCGGAGAUGCGUGAGAUGACCUUCACGCAGGAGCGAGACAUCCGCGAGCAGGUCAAGUGCGAGUACGAUGAGCUGGUGGAGGACCUGUUCGCCUCGCAGUUCGAACUCAUGAAGAAGUUCGACGACUUCAGACUGAACCUCCAUGACAUCGUGUGUGAGAAGGUGGCAGAGACCAGGGUCGAGGCAGACGACGCCAUCUCCAAACUCAAGCAGAGGGAAGGGGGGGUGCCAGGUACUGUAUCUCACUGUGACUCACUCAAGCAGGGGGGUGCCAGGUACUGUAUCUCACUGUGA